CAAAACACAGCAGCAACAUAGAGCAGGGUGUUAGCCAGCUAGCACAGAGCUGGAAACAACAUUAGCGAGGUUUAUGUUCACAGGUCGAUGAUAAAACGAAGGAUGGUACAUCGACUGUCGUUAUCGAUGGAUUACAUUUCAAACAAGUAGUGGGAUUGUGGAUCAGUAUUGCACAUAUAUGAACAACUCCAUGACUUACAGCUAACUUAGCAACGCUAGCCAAAUAUCGGUUGCCCAUUAGCUAGCUAGCUCAACCCGAUAAUCUUCUCUCUGUGCUGCUAGCAACAUUUUAAGCCCUAAGCAAGAGAGCUUGUGGCUUCUGUAAUGCAAAGUAUGAACCUGAGAAAAUAGAGGUCAUCAAUGACUAGAUGAAGGAGCCAAGCUGGAGGAAAGCUCAGUGGAGAAUUCAACAUGAAGUUGUAUGUGUUUCAAGUCAAUAAUGGAAGCACAUUAACUUUUGACACUGAACUCGCUGUCCAAACCGUUUUGGACCUUAAACAUGCCAUCCAGGCGAAGUACAAGAUCGCCACACAGCAUCAGGUGCUGGUGGUUAACGGGGGAGAAUGCAUGGUCGCAGAGAGGAGAGUCUGCAGCUACAGUGCAGGCACAGACACCAAUCCCAUCUUUUUGUUCAACAAAGAGAUGAUCUUGUGUGAGCGUGCACCGACCAUCCCCAAAACCACAUUCUCCAUCGAGAACGAGAUGGAGCUGAAGGUGGAGGAGUCCCUCAUGAUGCCUGCUGUGUUUCAUACAGUUGCCUCUCGGACACAGCUCGCCGUGGAAAUGUUUGAAGUUGCCAAGAAGCUUUGCUCUUUCUGUGAGCGCCUGGUCCACGAUGAACAUCUGCAGCACCAGGGCUGGGCUGCCAUCAUGGCCAACCUGGAUGACUGCACAUUGUCAUAUCAAAAGCUGCUCUGGAAAUUUGAGACAGCAUACACAAAUUAUCAGCAGGAUUUUGAAGACAUCAAAAUAAAACUAACCAGGCUUGGAACAGCUGUCUCUGUCAUGGCUAAAAUCCCCCUGCUCGAGUGCCUGACCCGCCACAGCUACAGAGAGAGUCUGGAGAAAUCCAGCUCCCCGUGCCCCACAACAGAGGAACAGAAUGAGGAUGAUGAGGAUGGAGGUCAUGCGUCUGUCCAGUCUGCCACCUCCUGCCCCUCAGAUGGAGAGCAGCCGGCCCGGAAAUCGCCCACUUGUGUGUCUGCUCCAGGAGAUAGAAGGCCCGAGCCACCACCUCUUUCAGCCCCAGACAGGCUGGGGAGAAGUAGCCUUCAGGAAGCACUGGAAGAGGAACAGGAAACAUCAGAGAGAGGAGGUGUGGCCUCCUUUAACGUCACACUGCUGGAUUGGAUCAAUGUGCAAGACCGACCCAAUGAUGUGGAGGCAGUAGUCAGGAAGUGCUUUGACUCCAUCAACAGGCUUGAUCCACGCAUUAUUCAACCAUUUUUAGCUGACUGUCAAGAUACUGUUACCAAACUGGAUAAUCAAAACAUGAAGGCCAUCAAGGGGCUUGAAGAUCGAUUGUAUGCGCUUGACCAAAUGAUCGCCAGCUGCAAAAAGCUAGUUAAUGAACAGAAGGAACUUGCUCAGGGAUUUCUAGCCAAUCAGAAGAGGGCUGAAAAUCUGAAGGACACCUCGGUGCUACCAGACUUGUGUCUGAGUCAUGCCAACCAGCUGAUGAUCAUGCUGACCAAUCACAGGAAGCUGCUGGACAUCAAACAGAAGUGCACCACUGCCAAACAGGAACUUGCCAACAACCUGCAAGUCCGUCUCAAAUGGUGCUGCUAUGUGAUGCUCCACGCGGACCAAGAUGGCGAGAAACUGCAGGCCCUCCUCCGCCUGCUGACAGAGCUGUUGGAGCGGGUGCGUGUGGUGGAGACCCUCAGUACUGUCCCGCAGAUGUAUUGCCUGGCUGUGGUGGAGGUGGUACGGAGGAAAAUGUUCAUCAAACACUACAGAGAGUGGGCAAGUGCUCUGGUUAAAGAUGGGAAGAACCUCUAUGAAGCAGAGAAGGCCAAACGGGAGACAUUUGGCAAGCUGUUCAGAAAGUCAUUCCUUAGAAACCGCUUGUUUCGGGGACUUGAUUCCUGGCCUCCCUCGUCAUUUUGUACCAGAAAGCCUCGCCGAUUUGACUUUGAGCUUCCAGACAUCUCUCUGAAUGACCUUCAGUACCUUAAGAGCUGUUGUCCUGCUGAAGUGCAGCCUUUUCUCAGGGUUCCAUCACUGUGUGACUUUGAACCUCUUCACCACCAUGUGGAGGCCCUUCACCAGCUAGUGCAGGCAGCUCAAAGUGUAGAUGAGAUGUCUCAAACCAUGACGGACUUACUGAGUGAACUUAAGGUUUCUGGAAAUGCCAUGGGACUCAGCACGUUAACCCCCAGGUCUGAAAGCAGAGCAGAGACCACUCCUACCUCCUCCAAAACCCCACCUGCCCUCAGCCUACAGUCACUGCCUUGCCAGCCACUACCCCUCCCAGCUCCCUUAGAGGACCUGUCUCCUGACAGUAUAGAUGCCCAUACCUUUGACUUUGAAACCAUCGGGCACCCCAAUAUGGAUCCUGUACUCCAGCAAGGCUCCUUAGACCUGGACUCGUUGGCUGAGAGCCCAGAGUCAGACUUCAUGUCAGCGGUUAACGAGUUUGUAAUUGAAGAAAACGUAAUGUCACCCAACCCGGUCAGUGACCCCACGAGCCCCGAGAUGAUGGUAGAGUCCCUUUACUCCUCUGUCAUUAAUGCCAUUGAUAGCAGACGCAUCCAGGACACCACCACGCUGGAGAGGGAGAACUCCCGCGUUGCUGCCCUCCGGCUGGCUGUGGACAGGUACCGCUCGGCUGCUGAAGAGUCCCAGAGCAACCUGAGGAAGGUGAAGGAUGAUCUCUGCCAUUUGCGCGGCGUUGUUUUAAAGGAGCAACGAGACUUCAGCCUUGCCUUGAAAAAGAUGAGCGCCGACGUCCACGGUAUAGUGAACAGCAUCAGAUACUGUCAUGAGGGCGAGCUAAGGGAGGCGCACCAGCAGGAGCUGAGGAACCUCAUGGAGGACCAUGACAAGCAGGUCCAUGGUCUCACUGAGGAACUUGAUGGGAACCGGGGCAUUGUGCGUGAUGUACAGCGCGCCAUGCUUGAGCUGGAGGGCCUGCUGGAACGGAAGGAGAAGGAGCUGGCCCAGCUGGAGGCAGAGAGGGAGCGCUUGCUGAAGGAGGUGUGCAGUGGGCAUCAGCAGGUGGUGCAAGAGCUAGAGAGGAGGCUCUCUGAGCAGAGAGAGGCACUACGGGAUGCUGUGCUCGCCAGGGACGCCCUCGCCAGCCAGCUGGACAGCCUGCAUGGUGAGUUAGAGCGCAGCCGGCAGAAAAUACGGAAGGAGAUGGAGAGCGCUGAGAACAGCCGUCUCCAAGAGCUGGAGAACCGUCUGAAAGAGGAGCAACACGCCCAGCUGGAGGCCCUGAAAUGGGACAAGCAGAGUGCUCUGAAUGCUGUUGCCCAGGAGAACGAGGCUAAGAUCCUGGAGAUGAAGGAGGCCCACUCCAUAGAGUCCAAGAAGUACGAGGGCCGCCUAAGAGACUCAGAGGCCCGUGGUGCUGACCUCACUGACACUUGCUGCAAGCUCGAGGUGGAGCUGGCCCUGAAGGAGUCUGAGAGUGAAGAGCUUCGCCUGCAGCAUGAGGAGGCCCAGGCUCAGCUGGAGGAGACCCUGCGGGCUGAGAUGGCAUCGUGCACAGGCAUCCUGCAGGAGCAGGUGGAGGCUCUGACCCAACAGCUGCAAAAGCGGAAUGAGGAGCAUGAGCUGGGCCUGGCGGAGCUGCGUGCCCUCAUGCGCCUGGAGAAGGACCACUGCAUCUCGGAGCUGGUGGACCGGCACGAGGAACAGAGCACCAUCCUUCGCCACGAGUUCUCUGCACUCAAGCAGAAGUCACAGGAAGUGAAACGGGACUGCGAGGAGCGCCAUCUGAAGCUCCAGCUUGAGCAGGAGGAACAGCUUGCUGGAUUGAGGGAGGAGCAUGACCAGGAAAAGAGAGGGUUCCAGGACAGAGAACGGGACUUGCAGGCCACCAUCAGUGACCUGCAGACGGAGAUCACCCUCAUGUCUGGAAGGCUGGAGCAGGAGAGGCAGGAGGCUCAGAGAAGGAUAGAGGAGGACAGAGAGGAGGCUAAAGUGGCACUAAACAAUGUCUUAAGGGACUCUGAGCUCCACAUGGUGGAGCUUGAGACAAAACUUUUAGAAAAAAUUAAACUACUAGAAACUCAACUUGAAAGACAAUCCACGGACGAAGUGGCAGUGACUAGGCAGGGCGAGGUGGAGUCAGUGGCUGGGUCGUCUCUAGACAGUGCCCUGCAACAGAGGCUGGAGGAGGAGAAGGCAUCACUCCGGGCGAGGUUGGAGCUCAUGGAGAAACAGAAGAACGAGGAGCUGCAGAAUAUGAAGACGUCACUGAUUGCUGAGCAGCAGACAAAUUUCAACACUGUCCUCACACGGGAAAAGAUGAAGAAGGAACAGAUUAUUAACGAACUGAGUGAGAAUCUUAAAAAAGUGACACAACAGCAGGAGAAAGACAAAGGCCUGAUUGAGACUCUCUCAGAAGACCGUGCCUCCAUCCUUCAAGAAAAAAAGCAACUGGAGGAGGAGCUCAACCGUCUCCGAUGUACUGCGCUCGUCUCCUCUUCCUUUUUCACGUCCAAUCCUGUCCCUGUCUGCAUGGAGUCACCUGGGGCCUGUGGUUCCACCCCUGCGGAAGCCCCUGCUUUGCCCGGACUGGACUCAGAAAGAAUAGCGGCCAUGGCUGCGCUGCGAGAUGAUGACAGAGUCGACUCUGCUGUGGAGGCCAGCAUGAUGACUGUGCAUGAUAACACACUGAUGCUAUCAGAGGAGAAGCAACGGAUACUUAUACUGGAAAGGACGUUACACAUGAAGGAAGAGGAGAACAAGAGACUCAGCCAAAGACUGAUGUCACAGAGUAUGUCCUCUGUAUCUUCGAGGCAUUCAGAGAAGAUCGCUAUUAGAGAUUUUCAGGUUGGAGACUUGGUCCUUAUUAUUUUAGAUGAGCGGCAUGAUAACUAUGUGCUUUUCACAGUCGCACCCACUCUCUACUUUCUGCAUUCGGAGUCACUCUCUGCCCUGGACCUCAAGCCAGCAGCUGGAGCCACAAGGCGACCAUGGGUCCUUGGGAAAGUCAUGGAGAAAGAAUAUUGCCAGGCAAAAAAGGCCCAAAACCGGUUCAAAGUUCCACUGGGCACCAAAUUCUACCGUGUAAAAGCCGUGCCAUGGAAUAAGAAAAUGUAAAAUUGUAAUAUCACUCUGUCAUGAGCUAGAAUGUUUAUAUUGCAUUUUUCAAAGAUCUCAUGUCAUUCAUAACUGUCUCAUCGAGAAAGCAAGAAGACAAAUGUUAUCUUGUUCCCCUUUUUUCUUUUUUUAAAGCCCUCUGUGGCAACCCAUGUUUUCCUCUGUUUAUUCAGAGGGUUUGUAAAUGUGGACCAAAUAAUAUUACUUUAUUGGGGCAUGCCCUUUGCAUACUGGCUCCUAAGCCAUUGUAACAAGUCUGUAAAAUGAACAAAAGCUAUUUGGAUGUUAUAUAUUAGUUCAUCAUUAUUAUUGACAUUUUGUCCAUUUGUUGGGGGGGAAACAUUGUAUCAUUAUCAAACUAUUUGCUUCUCAAGGUUCUAAAAAUAUAGAUUUAUUGUAAAUGUUUAUGGGGGAAUGUUCAUGGCAUGCACAGAUAUAUUUUCUUUAACUCUCUGGAUGUGUGUUGUAGUUGGAAAUGUAGGUUAAACAUGCCGUUUGUCACAUAAUAAGAGUAUGGCCCUCCUGUUCAUAAUGUACACUGGGAUGGCCCAGGCAAUUCCAGGCCGUGCAAUCUUUGAAAUGCACUUUCACAGACAUAAUGCUUUCGUUUAUUCAGAAGGGAAGCAAUGGUGCUGUUGGAAAACAAGCUCGCAGUGAAACUAUGAAGCACCACAUAUCUUUCCGCUACUAUAGAACAUUGACAUGUAGAAAGAAUUUUUUCCUGUUUGUUGUAUGUCCUUAUUGGAUUAAAUCAUGACAUUGUAUAUUAUUCAUGAAAUCACACAAAUAACAAAAAUGACUGUAUUGUAAAAGAGUUUAGAGUUUUCAAACAAUAAAGGUUUGACCCCA